AUGCUGAAUAUUCUUUCAUGCUCUUUUCAACUGCAUACACUUAUUCUGAAACAAAACUUACCAAGACGCAUAUAUAAAACGAAACAAACAUUUUUGUUCUCACAAUUAACGACAUUGACAGCAGAAAAUCUAAAUAAUACUAUUGAUCAACUCGAAUCAUUUCUAUUAUGUUUACCAUUACUUGUUGAUCUAAAAUUAAUUGGUAAAAACUGUGAGUUAGAUGGUAAAAGAUGUGAAAAAUGUAUUCAAAUGAAUCUUCCCUAUUUGAAUAAUUUUCAAUUCUUUAUUUAUAUUACAAAACCAAUUCCUCAAACUCGUGAUGAUCUAAGACAAAUAAUUACAUCAUUUCGAAAUCCUUUUUGGAUGAAAUAUAAAAAGUGCAUUAUGAAUAUUCUUGAUCAAGUACAUUCUCUCUCAUCUUUUGUAAUGCAUAGUAAAUGUUGUAAAUAUGAAUUGCAUCCAUAUUUACCGUGUUUAUGUUCAAUAAAUCCCCGUCAGAUCAAACAUUUACCAAUACCGGCCAAUAAAUUAAGCCAAAUUAAAGUUAUUUUUGAACGAUGCCAAAAUCUUUCGGUUGUGCUAUUUGAAAUAACUCGUUUGGACGUUUUGUUCGAAGUCAUUGAUUGGUUGGCACAAUAUACAAUUGAUUCAGCAUGCCAAACACAAACUGGGCGUAUUACUAUAUGGAUUGGAACGAAAAACAAUCCUAUCAAAAAAAAAUCAUAA